AUAUGGCGGCUGUUCUAGCAACAGCCGAUAUGACGAUUCAAAAGAAUUCACAAAUUUUAGUUUAUGUUGAAGAAGCUUUAGAAGAUUUACUGGUUGUUUCUUAUUCAACUGAGACUAAAAAAUUCCAAGGUGUACUUUUAGAUUCUAAUAAGGGUAAUUUACCAUUCGGUGUGUAUAGCCUUCAUCCAGCUUUCACAAAAUCAACAGAGAAAAAUGCCAUUAAAGACGAGAAAUUACAUUCCGCCAGUCAAAGAUUUACAUACCAAGAGCCUCAAUAUGCGAAUGAGGAUCAAAAAACUAAAAAGCAAGGUCCCAAGACCAAACCACAACCACGCCAAAAGAUGACGGUGCGGCUGCGACCUCGAAAAGUGUUGUGUUCUAAUUGUCAAGGCAUUUGCAAUGAAAACAAUGAAAACGUGGACGUGUCCAAAAAACGUAAAUUAGAUUCUGACGAUGAAACAUCUAAGCAAGGGUCUGACUCAUCAAAAAUAGAAAAAGAGAUGAUGAAGGGCAUGUUGAUACCUAAGCUAUCUAGACUGCAACCUAGCGAAAUAACGAGUGCAAUGAAGUCAACAAAAACUUAUCAGAAGAGUAGUGAAAAAAUUAAAAGUGUAAAAAGUGAAAAGUGUGAUGAUAGUGAAAAAGUGACUCGGGAGCUAGCUUUCGUUAGUGUUUCUGAUAAUGGUGAUAAUACAUGUGAUAUUGGUGAUAACAAGGACAGUGAUGCAGCAUUUAGUAAUCUUUUCUCUAGUGCAAGAACUCUCAAAAUAUGUUUCGGUGAGGGUGAGGGGACCGUCGUUAAAAUACCACCUCUUAACGGUGACUUCAAUGAGGAUUCCGGUGUAUGUGAUAUGUCGAAACCUAUAAAAAUAGGUUCGAAAGCAGUUAAGAAAGCUUUGAAAAAAGCUAAAAAACAAGCUAAGAAAACUGCUGUAAAACCUGAAACAUGGAAUAAUCAUUCACCAAAACAUAUUGGUGCACUAUCACCAAGAAACAAUGUCGCUAAAAGCCCCCCAUCUGACCCUCUAGAAAAGAAACACAAACAUAAAGUCAAACACAAAAAGAAGCACAGAGUUCCUAGAAAACGUGAUGAAAACUCGAGUAAAAGUGACGGUGAUUCAAAUGAUUAUUUUAACAAUAUAAAAGACAGUUGUUUAAAGCAAAAACUUUCAAUAAGUUUGCGCCGACUGAGCAGUAAUUCCUAUGAAUGUCGUGAGGAUAUGUCUGAUGAUUGUGAGAGUGAGACGGUUCCUGACUUCCCAGCUGAUUCGGAAGGUAUCGGUGGGCAGUUGCUUAGAGUCUCGCCUGGUGAUAUAGUUUGGGGCAAGGUUGUCGGCUUCCCCUGGUGGCCUGGCCGGGUUUUAAGUGUUACACCUACAUCUCGUGCUCAUGUUGCAUGGUUCGCUUCUACAACAUCAUCCCUCAUGCCAUGUGAUAGUUUAUGCCCAUUCUUAGAAGACUAUAAGGUACGCUUUAACAAGAAAAAAAGGGGGCCCUACAAAGAGGCUGUGAAGCAAGCAACGAUAGAGGCUAAACGGAACGAAUCUCACGCAGAUCCGCUGGCCAGCCCCACGCACUUGACCGUCUCGCCGCGCCCCAUCGAUGUGUUCUCGUAAAUGUGAUUUAGACGUACUGCCGAAUUGAAAAUUAAUGUGAUAUUUCAAAUAUUUUUAUCUGCACAAACCAUUGACCAUUAGACGUAAGUGUAAUUAGUAAGAGAUGUGAGUUAUUGUAUUUAAAUAGGUUAUUCUUUCGUGUAAAUAGGAAACCUUGAAUGCUAUGCAAGUUUUCACACUAUACAAACUUAGAGACUUUUUGCUUACAAAAUAACUGCUACAAAACUAAUAAUAUUGGAUUAUAAAACUAACUGUAUGAAAUAGAAGACUUUAUUUAUCAGUCCAAAUAAUUGAUUGAAAUGUAGUAUUUUAAUUGAUAGAUUUGAAUAGACCUUUAUGUGCACAUGUGGUGAAUGGAUUUGCACAGAUAUUGUUCCAGCCGCUAAUAAAUGACAGCCACUUAAAAACUAUACUACAUAUUUAUAUUAUGAUUUUAAUUUUGAAUUGUAGAAUUUGCAUAGUAAUCAAGAGUUAGUGCACAUAUAUGGGUAAUAUCCUUAUAAAAUAACCCAUUUGUGUACACUUGAGUUAAAAAAAUGACUACAAGCAUUUUAAUUUCCAAAUUGCAUCUUAGUUGCAAUCAUUAUUCCUUAUUGUAUAUAAUAUGCUUAUACAUAUAAAUAGUUGAAAAUAAAACUUGAUAUGAAUGAGUGAAAUGGUUUAAAAAUUCCAACAAUUGACUGUUAUGAAAAUGGUCUCUAUAAACUCCUAUUAGGUAGAUAUAGAUAGAUUGAUGUAAUAGGUACUGCCAUUAAAAGAAUUUUGUUCUAAAUAGAGUAAAAUAUGUUCCAUGAGCUUAUUGGUUGCAGUGAUUAAAAACUUCAUGCCGUUUGAUAAAUUAUGUAAUGAACCAUUAGCCUAACAGAUGUUAUAAUUUAUGUUUAAAGGUAAUAUGCAAACUUAUGUGAAUUUAUAGUUGUUUCUCUUCUGACUUGGCACAUAAUACACAUAGUUUUACACAUAGUUUUGUUGUUAUCUUUAGAGCUAGCGCGCAAGAGCAACUUUGUCUCCGCAACUAUUUUGUCUCUCCCAUCAACUCUAUGGGGAGUUGCGUCGCUACGUGCGCGCACUUUCUUACUAGCCCAUAGAGUUGAUGGGAGAGACAAAAUAGUCGCGGAGACAAAAGUUGCUCUUGCGCGCUAGCUCUAAAGAUAACAACAAAACUAUGUGUCUAUGGGUUAAAUUGUUUUCUGGAUAAAAGUAUUUACAAUUUUCAUUACUAAAAGGAAAAAUGUGCAAUACAAAUACAAUACAAAUAAUAGCUAAUUUCAAAACAAUUACAUAAAGUAUAGCUAGGAAAUUGUUCUAAUUGACUGACAUUCAUAAUCAAUGUUUGUUAUUUCUUUAUUUUCAAUUUAUUUUGUUAUAAAAUUUAUUUUAAAAUGUAUUUUUCCUUAGGUUAUUACUUAUACAUUCUUAAGAGUUGUUGCCAUUUCUAUGACAUUUCGUAUUUAUCAGAAACCAUAGAAAAAAAAAGCAAUAUUUUAUAUAAUUUUUUUGUUUACUUGGUUUUAUAUAACUGAGAGAAGUUGUAAAAACUGUUAUUUAUUUUAUAAGUAUUUUAUUUAGAAUAUGUUGAGGGAUUUAUUUGUGAAUUCGUUUAGUUCUCCUUAUUAUGUGUUCUGUGAUGAUAUAAUGAAUUCUCUAUACUUAGUUUUAAAUUUAUAUGUUAAAACAUUUAUUAUUUAAAUAUAGGGGGUUAUAAUUUGUAAGAAUUUUCUUAGUAGUUUCAACAUCAAAUUAAAUGUAUACUUGUAAAAUGCGAAAUCCAUUGCAUAUUGGUUGAAAGACUAAUGUUUUUGUAUAUUGUUCCUAAAUAGGCCUGUAUAUGGUGGUUCCUCUUUGUCUUAUAUUGCAAGUUUAAUUCUGCAUUUGUUAAAAUAAUAAAUAGGUUCUUGCAACAUCUAUACAUAUAAAUUUUUGAUUACUAGAUAUUCCAGGGUCAGGUGUGAAAAUUGAGUUAAAGUUUUAUCAACUUUUAUCAAAAAGUAAUGUGUGUUUAAUAAGGUAUUCAUAUGUCAGGUAUUUUGUCAAAAAUACUAGUAUUUUGUAUUUCAUCAUAGUAUUUCGUGCUGUAUUUUGCAAGUCAGCAAGCACCUCAAGCUUGAAAUUUAAAUUAACUGUAUCUACAGUGUUACAAUGUGCUAUCUAAUGUUUUGCAAUUUUUAUUGUCAAUUUUCGUAGAUGUUCAUAACUAAAUGUAGGAAAUUUUAAACGAUUCAGUGUCUUUCUGGGGUAAAACGAGUGGACCACUGCCUAAAGACGCUUAGCAUACCUACCUAAUGCAAAAGAUGCAUUUUUCAUUUGAUGUUCUUAUUGCUAAAUAUCAGAAAAGUAAUGCGAUUUAAAUGUAGAAAAUAUUAAUUCUUAUAUGAAAAUUAAGUAUAUGAAUGCCUCGAUCUAAAGGCGCCUUUAGAACUUUCAACUCUACCUUCAAUGUGAAAAAAAUCUACUCUAAUAUACAUAAACAUUAUAUAUGCUUCUUAGCGCCAAAAAUAUAUUAUUCAUAAUGUAAUUGCUUAUAAUGCAAUUGGCGGUGUUUAUUACUUAAAUGGUCCUUAUCAUGGACCUAUAAAAAACCUUUUAUGGUCCAUGGUCCAAUUACAUAUUAUGUGGAAAUGAAAUCACAAUGUGUGAAAGAAAUUUUGCCAAAGGUUCAUGAUCUUUGUCUUGUAGUUAUAAAGUUAUUAUUUUUUUAUUGGAUUGCGUUCUGUUACUUGUGUCAUUUGUAAAUUACUUACUACGGGAAUUGUAUUUCAAUAAAUAUAGAAUCUUAAGUGUACAAAUUAAAAGUAAUUUUAUUUAUAUUAGGUACCUACUAACGAUCCCACUACAUUUACACCUUCCUCUUCAAUCAGUCUAGGUCUUAAAAAUUAUAUAUAUUCGCAUUUAAA